CCUACGCCACGUUUCACGGCUAAACGCACACAAGUAAUCAUUUCAAAUUUGUCCAACUCUUUGUCCGAGGGGGCGAUCAGUUGACUAUAUAAGCUCGAAGGGAAGCUGAUGCAGCCAGAUCAGGUCCACCGUCUGUCCCAUCAUGAACGCUUUACUGGUAUUCACCACAGUCCUCUUCGCCGGAGCUUGCGUUGCCGACGUUUCCCACAUUUUGAACCAGCAGCCGAUCGCUACCCUCAGGAGCGAGCAGGACUCUUCUCCGGACGGAGCUUUCCGCUAUGGAUACGAGACGGAGAACGGUAUUUCCGUCGAAGCGGAGGGGACGGCAACGGGAGAGAUAAAAGGUAGCUACAGGUACACCGCCCCCGACGGAACUCCCGUUCAAGUCAAUUGGACCGCCGGUCCCGAUGGUUACCACGCGGAAGGACCGUCCGUCCCAGUUGUUCCGGAAUCCGUGAUCCGCACUCUCCAGUACAACGAAGCUCAUCCUUACAAAGAACCGACUCAACCUUGAUUUUCAAAGAUAAGAAAUUAUCACACUAUUACUACCACUAUCGUCGCUAUUUUUAUCCACGUGAAAAAGAUUUUCAAUAAAUUUCAAGAUUUUUACGACAGUA